GGAAAGGGGCGGGGCUUUAGAGUGCUGGCUGGUGAGGGAAGCGGUUUGGUGCGUCAGGAGAAGGCGCUGCCCGCUGUGGAGGAGAUUUCAAAAUGACGUCCAUAUUGACCUGUACAGUGAAAACCCUUCCAGCUGCCACAGCAUGGGCUGCUCGACUUUCUGUAAGGUCAUUCAGCUGUUCACUGCAGUUAAAUACAGCAGUUCAGCCCAAGACUAAAAAGACUUUAGCCAAAAAUGGGGUGAAGAACAUUGUACUGGUGGAUGGGGUUCGUAUUCCAUUUUUGCAGUCAGGAACCUCGUAUGCAGAUCUGAUGCCACAUGACUUGGCCAGAGCAUCGCUACAAGGCUUGCUGAACCGGACUGAUAUACCAAAGGAAGCUGUUGACUACAUUGUUUAUGGCACUGUUAUCCAGGAGGUGAAAACAAGCAAUGUUGCUAGAGAGGCUGCCUUGGGAGCCGGCUUCUCAGAUAAGACUCCUGCUCACACUGUCACUAUGGCUUGCAUCUCUUCAAACCAGGCUAUGACAACAGGAGUUGGUCUCAUCGCAUCUGGCCAAAGCGAUGUUGUGGUUGCUGGCGGUGUUGAGCUGAUGUCAGAUGUUCCCAUCAGACAUAGCAGGAAGAUGAGGAAGACGAUGCUUGGCCUCACAAGGGCAAAGUCCUUGCGUCAGAGGCUGUCCCUGAUGUCCAGAAUCCGUCCAGAUUACUUUGCUCCUGAGCUCCCAGCUGUGGCAGAGUUCUCCACUAGUGAGACCAUGGGCCACUCAGCAGACCGUCUGGCAGCUGCUUUUGCCAUCUCGCGCGCCGAACAAGACGAGUAUGCCCUGCGGUCACAUAGCCUUGCCAAGAAAGCCCAGGAUGAUGGGCUGCUGACAGAUAUAGUGGCAUUCAAAGUACCAGGCAAGGAUACCGUUGUGAAGGACAAUGGAAUCCGUCCUUCUUCAUUGGAGCAGAUGGGUAAACUGAAAGCUGCUUUUGUCAAACCUUACGGAACAGUCACAGCGGCCAACUCUUCUUUCUUGACCGAUGGAGCUUCAGCAGUCCUGCUGAUGUCUGAAGAGAAAGCUUUGGCAAUGGGGUACAAACCAAAGGCUUAUCUCAGGGAUUUUGUGUAUGUGUCCCAGGACCCAAAGGACCAGCUGCUGCUUGGACCCACUUACGCUACUCCUAAGGUGCUAGAGAGGGCUGGACUGACGAUGGCAGAUAUCGAUGUGUUUGAGUUUCAUGAAGCAUUUGCAGGGCAAAUUUUAGCAAACAUGAAAGCGAUGGAUUCAGAUUGGUUUGCUCAGAACUACAUGGGCAGAAAGUCUAAGGUUGGAGCCCCUCUUCUGGAAAAAUUCAACAACUGGGGUGGGUCUCUGUCACUGGGACACCCCUUUGGUGCCACCGGCUGCCGGUUGGUAGUGACUGCUGCCCACAGACUGAAGAAGGAGGGAGGACAGUAUGGGCUGGUUGCUGCAUGUGCUGCUGGAGGACAGGGCCAUGGAAUGCUAGUGGAGCUUUACCCACAGUAAAGGCUCCAAAGGACUGCUGCAAAUGGCUUUUCCUGAGACAUCAGUGCUACUCCAGUGCACUCGUGCAAAAUAAGUGGGUCUGAUGCUUACCACAGAGAACUUCUGGUGGCCUUCGUAAAUAUUUUCCAACUGCCUGUGAAAGCUAACUAAGAGUAGACAGUUGUCCCCUGAGUUCUAUUUAUUAAUGUCACUGAGGGGUGUCUGCAGUUUAUCCAACAUAAUGGUGAGCCUCUUUCCUCCUGAGAACAGUGUUUAGGACUGCACUAAUUUUGAAAGAGAGAACUUGCCAGCAAUUAAUGGUUCAGGUUUUAAUACACAACUUGUAUAAAGUAUUAUGCUUUUAAAAAAGUAUCUGUAAUCUGAACUGAAUAGUGGAAGGCUAACAUGAAUUUUGUAAGGCAGUGGAAAAUAGACUGUGGACAGCAUUGGGGUACAGUGUCUGUCACCGCUCAUCAGCCUUAAUAAACAAGAGAAUUAUUAAGA